AUGACAAAAAAAGAUCUUGAAAAAAGAGAAGAAGUUACAGGUAGAGUUAAGCAUAAAGAGAAACUGAGGAAACAUGAAGCAGAAAGAAAUUGGGAUGGAGAGAAACGAAGCGGUAAGAAAAAGCGACGUCGGAUUGGGCACCCCCGAAAUGAUGAUAAUGAUGAUGAAAUAAGGGAAUCAAAUGAAAAGUGGAAAAAACAAGAAAAGAAAGAAAAGAAAGAAAAGAAAGAAAAGAAAGAAAAGAAAGAAAAGAAAGAAAAGAGAGAAAAGAAAGACAAAUGUGUAGCCCCCGUGAGACGUCAAACACGCAGCAGAAGCAGAAGUUGUGACACGGACACAUAUAAGAACCAUGCGAGAAAGACGAAGGAAACAAGUAAUAUAUCAUACAAUGCAUUUGAUUAUUUCAAUAAAGAUAUUUCAAGCAACAAAUUAUUGCCCAGUUAUCUUAUAGAAGAAAAACUCAAAUACGAAAAGGAUGUUUUCGAGAAGGCAUAUGGACUAUCCCUUGGGGACAGUACCAUUCAUUUUGAUAAUUUUCUUUUUGAUCAAAAUGAUAAAAAGGAGAAAAUAAAAAUAAAAAAAAAGGAUGAUGAUGGUAAUCAGAAAAGUAACAAUAGCCACUAUGAGUGUUAUAGUUGUAAAGCCAAAAAUGUGUACGCAAAUGUGCAAUGCUACAAGUGUAAAAAAUUGAGGAAGUUAUAA